UUUUGCCUAAACCAAACGACGUCCGCUAUGGCUGCUGCUGCUGCUGCUGCUUCUUUCCGCGCGUUACUAGACCUUUGCAAACGUCGUGGCUUCUUAUACCAAUCUGCAGAAAUCUAUGGCGGACUCCGCGGUGCAUACGAUUAUGGACCAUUAGGCGUCGAGCUUAAAAAGAACAUUUUGAAUUCAUGGUGGCAACGACAUGUUUAUUGGCGAGACGACGUGGUUGGCCUUGAUACGAGUAUCUUGACACCGCACCCUGUAUUAAAAGCGUCUGGCCACGUGGACGAAUUUACUGACUUGCUGGUUGACUGUAUCUUGACCAAAGAACGAUUUCGACCUGACAAGGCGCCUGCACUUGAAUUUCUACCGACAGACAAAGACAAUGUCAGCGGUGGUGGUCGUAUACCCGUAGAUGCACCAGAUAAAGCAACAGCAAAAGCAUGGCAAAAGCUAGUUGAGGAACAAAUUGCACCUAAUAUCAAGACGACGCUGGAAGGCAAACGGAUUAUGUUGCAUGUCAAUGCGUUUGUGCAACCUGACAGUCAGGGUCAAAAGGGACGCAUUGACUUUGCGUCUAAAACAGGUGACUGUUCAAUUCCGCUGGAUUACAAUGGCUACGUCGAACCCAACAGCAACUCACCCUUCCUAACUGCAAGUCGACCAUUCAAUUUGAUGUUUAAAACGUUUUUGGAUCCGAUCGAUCCGAUCGACCGCGUUAUCCAGACCACCACGCAACAGCAUGAAAACAACAAUAACAACCUAACCUCCGUACGUGAAGCUGUCGACCAGGUCCUCAGACCAUCCACAGUCUACUUACGCCCUGAAACUGCUCAAGGCGUAUUUAUCAACUUUGAACAGGUGACACGAACGAUGAAUAAGCGACCGCCUUUUGGUAUUGCCCAAAUCGGCAAAUCGUUCCGUAAUGAAAUCCGAUUAGAACAUGGUAUUUUCCGGACGCCCGAGUUCGAGCAGCUCGAGCUAGAGUACUUCAUUCCACCAUGGGAGUCAUCGCAUUGGUUCAAGUAUUGGCGCGAGCAACGGUUCAAGUGGUGGCUCGAGCAUGCCUGUCACAAAGAGAACUUCCGUCAACGCGACCACGAAAAGAACGAAAUGGCCCACUAUGCCACAGGCUGCACCGAUGUAGAAUAUCUCUAUCCAUGGGGAUGGGGCGAGGUUGAAGGCGUUGCGCAUCGAGGCAACUAUGAUCUGACGCAACACAUCAAGAACAGCGCCGCCGCAUUCGAGGUGGUCGAGGAGGAAGCACGUGUAUCGUCACCGCAUAUCGAAGCCGACGACUGCUUGAUCCCAGCAGAGAAGCCUGUGCGUUACGUGCCGCAUGUCAUUGAAAGCUCUUGUGGCUUGAACCGUGCCAUGCUGGCGUAUCUCUGCGAUGCGUUCCAUCAAGUGUCGGAAGGAAACAACAAACCACCGCGCAACAUUCUGCGACUGCACCCUCGUCUGGCACCCGUCAAGUGUGCAGUAAUGCCCCUCACAGGCAAACCCGAAUUCAUGCCACUUGCAGAAUCCGUUGCCAAGACCUUGCGACGACGUGGCUGGUUUACUAUGGUCGAAGCACAGAAACUCAAGAUCGGCAAACGGUACUAUCGUCAUGAUGAGAUCGGUACGCCUUGGUGUGUCACGGUGGACUAUCAGAGUUUGGAGGACGAGACGGUGACCAUCCGCGACAGAGAUACCGGCAGCCAGGAGAGAAUACACUGGCGUGACGUCCAGCGAUUUAUUAAUGAUAGAUUGAUGGAGGAUGAGGAGUUAUGAAGUUAUCCGCAUCAGUUGUAAUAUUAGCCCAUGUGAUGUAUUAGUCUUCUUUGUUUGUACAGUUUAUAAUUUCUUUGAUCAUUCUAAAAGUAAAAAAAGAAAGCAUUAU